GAAAUGUAUGUAAUCUGUUCUGAAACUUCUGAGAUGUCAGUUUGUAGCUGAACAGGUUCCUCGGGAGUCGUGUGAAGUCCUUAUCUGCAGUUGGAAUUAGUUGAAUAAAGGCUGCUGUGAGCUUCCCCAGUGAUUUGUGAAGGAAACCAUUUGCAACGAACGAGAUGGAUUCCACGGAAGACGCUCCUGGAUGGGUGUUGGUGUUGACGUCGGUGCUCGCCAUCAUCAUCGCCGUUCUGGGAUUCGUCGGCAAUCUGCUCACAAUCUUGGCUUUACCAUAUUCGAAGCGACUCAAGAACGCAGCCACAUGUUUUGUUGUGAACCUCGCAGUUGUGGAAGGACUCUUCUGCGUCACCAUCCUGCCCAUGUCAGCUGCCCACCUUUUUUCCCUCUUCUUCGCCGAUGAGAAACUGUUCUCGUCAGAAGGAUGUAGCGUGUUUGUCUUCCUUCGUUACGUCAUCAUCCAAACAGAGCUGCUGUCAAUAGCAGCGAUUGCUAUUAACAGGUGUCUCCUGAUAGCUGAUCCUGACAAACACCGAAAAGUCUUCACAAUCCCAAAAUCCAUUGCUAUGAUUGUCAUGAUCUGGGUUGUAUCAGCUGCAAUAAUGCUCAUCCCAUUACUAAGAGUAUAUGGAGAAUUCACUUAUAACUAUACAACGAAAGAAUGUGAUUUCAGCGACUCAAAGGAAAGCGGUGGGGAAGGUCCAAGGAAAUUGUUCUUAGCUAUAGGAUUUCUCCUCCCAUGUGCUGUUAUCAUCAUCUCUUACUCCUACAUUUUUUAUAAGGCAAGAAGGAGUACAGGUAAAGUGAAACGGACAAAAUCAGAUGCAUUACUCAAGGCCAAGGGUUCCAUUAAGAGCUCAACUGAAGUCAGAAGAACAGGUCCAGCUGACGGACUAAGAAAACGUGACAUUCGUAUAGCAAGAACUAUUGGUGGUAUCUUUCUUGCAUUUAUUAUAUGCUGCACACCUGUUUCCUUGGCUCAUUAUUUUGACAAUAAAUAUCAUAAUUUGACACUCCUGUUACUGUUGCACCCAGUAUACUGGACUCAGUAUUGCAUUAACAUAUUCAUAUAUGUCUUCAUGAACAAGCAGUAUCUUGAUGCAUAUGUGAACUACAUCUCUCGCUGGUGGCCCAACUUUAGGGAGGUGGCUGUUACAAAAUUCAAGUGGCAAGAGGACCAAAGAAGCUAUAACAGUAAGACCAAAUCUACCACUUUCAGCAAUAGUGUGAGGUUUGCUUCAAGGAACGAAUCAAAAUCUAGUAUCCAAGUCUCCCAGACUGCGUUUGUGGGUAACCCAGAUAUGAAGCAACUAGGUGACACAUCACCAGAAAUUCUGGAUAUAUCACUUUCAGUGAACUAAGAUAAUGAUAUCCUGGUAAUAUUUUGUUGAAGAGAGGCUUGGAAAAUUAUUCAUUUCAGAAAUUUCAUUUUUGUUCUCUGUAAAGGAGAAUAUUUCAAGUGUGUCAGGACAGUUAUAUGCAUUCUUAGGUGGUGACAGGGGAUUUUUCCAAAUUCAGUUUUGGAUUUUGAAUGUGCAUUGGAAUUACUUCAAAGAAAAAUCAUUUCCUUGUUGACAGAAGAAACAUGUAAGAGAUACAACAAAAAUCAGUGAGUGGUUACUUAGUUCAACACGUUGUGUAAAGAAACUCGACUCCAUGCUUAUUUAGUGCUGUCAAAUAGGUGUUACUUUGAAGCCUAGUUUUACAUUUACAUAGUGUAGUGCAUGUUCCUCUACAUUAACCUAUCCGAGUGAUGUACAGUACAAAUAGAAAGAAAAGACAGAUUAUGAAGCAUAAAUUACAGUGCAGCAAUUGAGGAAUAGAAAAGAUGAAUUUUAAAAGUGGUUUGACAUACAUACAAAUUGUAACUUUCCUAAAUAUCCUACAGAAGAUGCAUAUUAUGACCAAAUAUACACUUUUUACUAGAAAUAAGCUAUCAAUGUUGGACGUAUCUAAGAAAAAUAUGAAACACCCUCUAUGUGUCCAAGGACAUUCAUUCUCUGUUUAUAUAGGUAGGAAAUUUAGAUUUCUGGUAACUCUCAUGAUUAAAGAAAUUAUGACUCCAUAAUCACAUCUCCCUCACAUGGUGUGAUGGACACAAUUAUUAAACAACAUGAAAACUGUGAAGGUACAGAUUGUUGAUGUGUUGUAUACAGAAAGUUGAACUAUUGAAUAAUACUGUUUAGUGGUAAUUUAAAGUGGAAACUACAGUAAAAUCAGCCUAAUUCAGUCAUUAUGUUCUCUAGUAGUAGUUUCAACUGAAUAUGAAAAAACAAUUACACAGGAAAUAUUCAGUGGCUGAUAAAUCGGCCAAUAAGGCAAGGUCAAUAACUGGUAAUUAGCCUAUUUUAUUAUCAGUACACCUCUAAAACUACAUGGACGGAUGACCCUAUGAAUCAAGAUAUUUUGCUCAAUGGUCCAACUAAACUACUUAAUAAUAAUCCAAGUUGCUAGUCAAGUAUGCCAGGACGUGUUACAAGUUAGUAAUUAUCAUUACGUAUAUCUAAAAAAGAUGAUACCAAUUUGAUAAUCUCCACAUCUAAGGCUCAGUUGACUUAGGAAAGAGGGCAGUCUAUGAAUAGGGAAAUUCAUGAAAUCAGAGGAAUCAGUGUAACCUUGUGUGCAGCAUUUGAGCAGGAUCUAAAGUACCUGAGUACUCCAACUUCCUCCAUUGAAUGAAUGUAAGUGUUCAGCAGAGGAGGUAACAUAUACAGGCCUGCAAAAACGGCUGUGCCAUAAAGAUUUGAUAUGUACAAUAUGUUAUAUGUGUUACAAGGCUUUCCAGAGCCUUGUCUCUGACAAAAAAAAAUGGUAAAGUAGGCCCCUCAAAAAAUAUGACACCUACCUUAGGGAAAAUCGUCAAGUGGCAUCUCUGUAUCAUUAGUUAUUUCAUCCAAAAGCUAAGGCUAAAACUAAACUUGGAACUACCAAAAAUACAACCUUUAUGCCCAAACCUUAACAUAAUAAAAAAAAGGAAAACUUAGAUGAAGAAGUCAAGAUAUGAAGUGUCCUCACUUCUGGCAAAUAAGUCAUUGGUAAUUAAACAUAUCCUCAUAAGAUCAUCCCAAAAAAUAAUGCCAUACACCACAUCCCAAAUGAGACCUUUUAUUCAUAUUAGUCAUCCUAUGAAAUGUUGUACGUCUCAUCCCCAAAAUGUCAUAUUCCUCAUAUUAGUUAUCUCUGUAUUAUACCACAUUCCUCCUAUUAAAUAACAUAUGGAAUGUCAUAGUCUCAUGACUAAACUCGUGAAUAAUUGUCAAGAAUGUCCUCACCAUGGAUGCUUACGAUCCAGAAAUGCACAGUAAAUUAAAAUCACAAUGGUGUGUACAUGGGGGAAAAAUGCACUAUUAAUAAAAACCCAAAUGAGGAACAAUACUAGACUCUAGAAGUGUAUUAAGGUUAUAGAAAAACACCAAAUGCAGGAGAACUUGUCUCCCAGUCCUUCACCAUAACAGUAAUCAAUGUCUUAUCACUGUCUCACCUCUUUACUGGACUUUUAUGCACCGUUUCUCACAGGCCACCAUGUGCUCGCACAGGUCCUGAUGCACUUACAUACAGAUGUACUCAAUUGUUCUGGAAGGUUCUUUGUGACAUAAAGAUCAUGUGAUACUCUGCCCCAUUGCUCUUAUUGCAGAUGGCACGUACCCAUUUGCCGCAUCAACUUACACGCGUCCAUGCUCGCCACCUCAGCUCAAGCGGUUUAUUCACCCAAGAAAUGCGCUGACAGGUUUUUGACACAUCUCAAAUAUUGAUAAACACGACCUUGCUCACUCAUUCCAUCACCUCUCGCUUCGACUCAUUUGUUGCCCCCUAUUAUUAUUAUAUGGUAUAACUAUUAGUGGAGGAGUUUAAAUAUGCAUUUAUAUUAUGAUUUAAGAGGUCUCAAAUUUUAAUUUAAAAUUUAACGUAAUAUGUAAUGAAAAUCUUUGUAAUCUCUAAAUGAAUUCCUUUAUAAAAGAUCAUUUAAACACAUCCUCUCAGCCUCAGAAGGGUAAAGAGGUUUCUCAAUAUGUUACUCCAACGGCUUGUUACCCAGUUAUGCCUGGGGACAAAUCCAAAAGUAUUUUCAUGUUGAUAGAUCAAAGCAUUUGAGAACUGAAAAUAGGUAGAUUACCAUUAAACUGGUGUCCUAGGAAACAUUUUAUUUAUUUUUACAUAUUAAAUCAAGUUUUUUCUGAAUUUCAGUGUCACCCAUAGUUCUUGAUCCAGUUUUUAUACCAGAUAAAUAUAUAAAGAGAAUAGCAAGAAUUGCCGAUCAUUAAAACUGAUUAUUAGACCAAAAUCGGUGAAAUGGCCAAUUACUGAU